GUGUUGUAUAUAUCAUGUGAAACAGAGGAUGUUGUUAUUUUAGAGCCCGCGUGGUUAUGCAGCACUAUCAUUGGCUACUUGUUGUCACAGGAGAGUCUAGAAAAAGCCAGGGUGACAGGAAUUUAUUCUGCUGAUGACAUUCAACUAUUGUAUCCCGAAGCGGAUGGUUUAAAACUCUUACAAAUACUGGAAGCUCUUCAGCUUUGCACAAAAUGUGAAACUGAAGAUGAUGUCGAAUAUGAGUUUCCUUGUUUUAACAUGAUGGAAAUGCUCGAUGGCAUCUGGUCUCCUGCACAAUACACUUUCUAUGGAGGAGUAAGUUUAAUGUGCAAAGAAAAACCUCUCCUAGGUUGUAUUUUCCCAAAAAUACAGGUAAACUUACGCAGAAUGUCGAAAGCGAACACAGAGAACGAUCUUUACCAGUGGUGCCAAGGCAGCAAGUUCUGUUGCGGUCAGAUAGAAGGUCUUGUCACGGUCAAUGGCACAGCUUAUGAAAUCAGAGUGAGAGGAACAAUGAAAUCAGAAUGUUUCUAUUUACAAGAGGAGUUGAUCACUUUAAUCACUCAAGUAUUUGCAGACGUUUGUCCAGGCAUUUUACUUGAAAGGCACGCCCUCAGCAGUUCUCAAUUGCAAGAUCAUUCAAAAUACACUUUUGCUUAUCCCCCAAAUUUACUCAUGAAUACUUUGAUAAAAGAUGGUAUAUAUGGAACGGUUACAAACAAAGUAACUGGAGAAAGAGAAACUCUUUUGUCCAUUUUAUUUUUCAACGAGCCAAAAGUACUUCAAUCGAUCAAGCACUCCAUUCCAACAGCAUCUGAUAAGUUACUCAUUCCUCGAAGCAAAACAUUUAGCUCAUCGUUUCAAAAUCAAUCACUUUGUUCUAAAGCAUGCCAAAGAAGAGGGUCCCUGCCACAGACUAGCAACAGCCUGCACUAUAGCACUUCAAACUCUGCUCUGCAUGACACUUUUCUUCGCAAAGACCGAGAAAAGUCGCCAGAUUUCAACAUUGAUCAAAAUAUUGUUACUCUAGCACUCGAUUUGCAUGCCUCAUAUUUACCAAUAGCAUGCAUACAGUGCCUUUGUGCAGUUCUGGAUCCUCAGGAUUCUAUGGGUCGAGACUGGUGUAUGCUGGGAGUUCUCUUGGGGAUGGUACACAAAAUGCCAAAAAUUGAUCCGGGUGACAAUCCUGCAUUUAGUCCUACAGCCUGCAUUUUCCAUGAGUGGAUGAAGUCGGAAGAAAGCAGCAUUGGCACACUAUUAUCGAAGCUCAAGGAAUUAGAAAGAACAGAUGCAAGUGAGAAUUUCAUACCUGUUUUGCCUUUGUUCAAAAUUGAGCGUUUCAAUGAAACAGCAUUUAGUGGCUUAAAGACAUGAACAGGAAAUUUUUUU